AUGUUGGAGAAAAAAAACGAACUGAUUGUACUACAUAAGAAACGGGAUCUGGAAAAACAAGAUAAAGAAGAUGCUGCGUUUCCAGCGACACUUUGGCUUCGACAUCCACGUACAAGAUCAUCAUCAAUUUCUACUGCAUCGUAUACUACUACGAAAAUACUCAUGCCUGUUGCUAAACGAUCACGAAAAAGUGGUCAUGUUGAGGUUUUAACAAUCGUUUUGACAGAUGAUCAAAAAGAAAAUAUUCGAUAA